AAAACCAGAUUUAAAGAAAAUGAGUCUAAAAAGAAAGGCAGGGGACUUUCAAGACUCACAGAAUAAGAAGAGAUUAAAGACAGAGAAUAACAAUGAGGAAAGAGGGGAUUACCUUAGAGCCAAAUUUAGGGAAAAGUAUGUUGAGCUAAGAAAGCUUGGAGAAGGAGGCUAUGGAACCGUUUUUGCUGGUUAUCGGGUGUGUGAUGAAUUGCCUGUAGCCAUUAAACACAUCCCAAAAAGACAUCACAUGCGAAUACAUAAGGACAGGAAAGGAAAGUUGAGGCCCUUGGAGGUGGCUAUCAUGUUAAAACUGAGGGCUAAAACAACCAGCUCACCGGGGCAGUCAGCCAUACUGUCCAUGCUAGACUGGUAUGAUAUGGGUGAGGAGGUGAUUGUAGUUAUGGAGAGACCCAUUCCUGCUGAGGACCUUUUUAACUACAUUCAUAACCACAAGGGUUGCAUAACGAUGGACAACGCCAAGAUCAUGAUAAAACAGCUGCUAAAAGCAAUAAUUCACCUUCAGGAAGCAAAAAUCUUCCACAGAGACAUUAAACCUUCGAACAUCUUGAUAGAGACCAGGUCAAAAGUCCCAAAACUUUAUCUCAUAGACUUUGGUCUAAGUUGCUUUGUCAAGACAGGAAACGUCCAGAUUUCAGCUGGUACUUGGGGCCAUUUUCAACCAGAACGGAGAACACAAGAUUUUUACAGUUCUGGACCCACAACUGUGUGGCAGGUGGGCUCGGUGCUGUAUGCGAUUCUGCACGAAGAUCUGUUCUCUACCAGUAAAUUCCUGUCAAAUGAGCUGAAGAUCAACACAAGUCUCCCCGAGACAUGCAGAGAAUUUCUGAACAAGUGCCUGGCAUUAGACCCAAAAGAGCGCCCCACCGUGGAGCAGUUGUUGCAUCACCAGUGGUUGUUGGAAGAAGAUACGCAAAUAUAA